AUGUAUUUAUUUUUUUCCAAGGAUGCUUACUCCAGACUUGAAAACGAUGUUGCCAGCUCAGGCGCACAAGUUGAUUUUGAUGAUUACAUGCCUGUACCAGUAACCUCGUGUGGUAAGGUAGAUAAAAGCACACAGCCACCCAUUGUUCCAGAAGUUCCCUACAAAAAUCAAUGUGAGCGUGGGCAGAGAGAACUCAGGGGUGAAAUUAUUGACAACAUGAGACAAGUAGCUUUGAGAGCUGUACACUUUGAAGAAACAGACUUGCCUCAAUUGGUUGCAGAAAUAGUUGGGAGUAAGAAAUGGAUUUCCUCCUUUGGUUGCAAUGUGUCAAGUACAGAGAAAAAUCCAAUCUUGGAAUCUCUUAUAAAGGACUACAAGGAGUGCAUAUCCAAAGAAAAGACAAGUGAGGUUAGGAAGAGGGCUGCAGCUCAAAAGACAAAGUUGUUUAUUGGCUCAACUUUAAAAGAUAGCAGAUUGACAUUGACAGGUGACAAAACAGCACAAACAUUUCGGAGCAGGGUUGUUGCUGCUGACUCUGUAGGAAGGAUCACUUGCUAUGCAGAUGAAAGGAGAAGACUGUUGUCCAUUGUUGCAAUGGAUUACCCCUACCGAUUUCUGCAAGAACGGUUUGGCUGCUUGCCAAACACAGUUACUGCUGGAAAAGUUCAUGCGAUCCUCUUUGGUCGUGGUGGGACCCCAUCAUCUAAGUUUAAGUUCCAACGACAGAGUGUGAGUCCAGCUGUUCUUGAGGAACUCUCAGAAUUCUUUUUGAGGGAUGAUGUGUCAAGACCUUCAUCCUGCAGGAGCAUUAUUGUUCAUGGUCAUGAAACUCCAGUCAGAUAUUGGAAAGAUAGCAUCAAGAACCUGGUGAACCAGUACCUGUUGGAGUUCCCUAAUGGUGUAAAGAGAACUUAUAUUUAUAGCCAUCUGCCACCAAGCUUCCGUUCUGACACAAUGUUGGUAGGACUUUGCAAUCUCUGUGACGAUUAUGGACAUUCUAAUUAUGACAAGAUGCAAUCUUUAUUGAGUGACAUCGAACGUAGUGCAUCCAUCUCACUGAAAGAAGAGAAAGCAAAGGUCACAAAGCACCAGCAGUUCCUUACGACGCAGUUUGGAAAAAUUGUUGACAGGCAUUCCCCCUGUCUUGAACUCUGCAUGGCACAUGCCUUUCGGUCUUGCUCAGAAGCCCAUCCAAAUUCUUGUCCUGAUGUUGUUGCUUUGGUUCAAGUUGAGCAAGUUGUGCAAGAACACAUAGGGAGGAUAGCAGAUCGCUCGGAGUGUGACAGAUUGAAGGAGGAACUGAAGGAAGUGAUGACCUCUAGUGUAUUAUACACCAGUCAUUUGUUGAGAACAAGGCACCAAGGGGACAAUCACAAAUUUGUGCUCAACAAUCUCCAGCCAGGUGAAGCAGUUGUUAUUGAUUAUAAAAUGAAACUGGAGCUUGGUGUACGUCUUCGUGAAAUUCAAAGGGACUGGUAUGGCAAGAGAGGCGUAUCUCUACAUGGCCUCCUUGCCAUAGCUCAAGUGGAUGAAAACAAGAAAGUCAGUGAAGUCCUGGACUUAUGGUCAGAGGACACCAAACAGGAUUCCUGGUUUACCCAGAGUGCUAUGGAUGUGGCUUUUACAUGGCUGCAAAAGGCAUUUCCUGGCUUCAGAGUGUAUUUGUUGUCUGGUACGUCUUGA